AUGACGAUCCGAGUCGCCAUAGCAGGAGGUGGAAUCGCGGGCCUUUGCCUCGCUCGUGGGCUGCUUCAGUACCCGCAAUUCGACGUCCAGGUGUACGAGCAGGUCCAACAACACCGCGAUAAAGGCGGUGCCCUCGCCCUGCAUGCAAAUGCCAUUGGAGCCAUGGAGCUCAUCGAUCCGGCCAUCAAACGUGCAUAUUUCCGGAAAGCCAACAGCAUGCUGGAGGAUGAUGACAGGGAAAUGGCCACGCAAGUCAUUCUGGCCGAAGGCAAGCAUAAAGGAGAGGUCAUCGCGCGGCUGGGCCGGGCAAAAGGACGCAAAACAGUGGCAAGAGUGGACCUGAUCAACGGGUUCAUGGAUCUGGUACCCAACGAGAACCUGAACAUGGGCAAGAGGUUGGAAAAUAUCGAGGAGAGCGACGAUGGAGAAGUUGUCCUCGGUUUCGCAGACGGCACAACGGCGACAGUGGAUUGCCUCAUUGGCGCCGAUGGCAUCCAUAGCAUGACGAGACAAUAUCUGUUGGGCAGGGACCAUCCUGCUGCGCUCCCGGUGAACCAUGAUCGGUGGUACAGAGUCGGUGCAAAGCUUCCCAUGGAAGAGGUGGAGAGGACACUGUCACCGCGGUUUCUAGGCUUCGUUCCGAUCCUGUGUGGUCCGAACGGAACAUUCAACUUGACCCCUAUACGUUAUGGGAAGACAAUGAGCAUGGGCUAUUAUGCUAGAGCACAAAGCGAUGAGGAGAUUGGAAAGCUCCCCAAUCCAGCAGAUUUUGCCAGCUAUGAUCCGGACUGCGUGAAAAUGGCUGAAUUGAUCCUCAAAGCGUAUGAACCGGACGAGCUUUGGGCGAUGCAUGACCACGAUGCUGCACCUUACUUCAACAAAGGUAGAGUUGUCAUGAUGGGAGACGCGGCCCAUGCGACAUUCCCUUUCAUUGGCAAUGGAGCAGCUCAGGCCAUUGAAGAUGGAGCCGUGCUUCACGCACUCUUUGCACAUGUCAAGGACAAGUCGGAGAUCCCAGUCGUCUUCGCUGCUUUCGACGAGGUCAGGCGGCCUCGAGCCUCGCGAGUGGUAGAAAUGGCAAGGAAGGCCGGGUUGAUGUACACAUAUGACUUUGGAGGGUUCUGGGAGGACAGUGAAGGCAUUGAGGCGCUCCAGGAUCGUUGGAAGAAGAUUGCGUCUUUCACCAACGAUGUGGAUCUGGAGACACAGAACCAGAUGGCGAUCUCUGUCUUUCAACGCAAGACCAGGCAGCGGGUGAAUGGCACACAGUGA